AUAGCUUUUCAGCAUUCGCUCACUGUCACCUCUCACCUUUUGCGCGCCACGCCCCUCACUAUCGACAUUGACAGAUUGCCAGGUCUCGGCCCAUUGGAUUGAGAAAGCCGCGCGUUUCUGAGACAUCAUUUGGAUGCAAUGAGCGCCGAGCCCGUCGAACUUGGCCCGAAAAUGGCCUCGGAUGAGUCCCAGCGACUGUUCGCCGAUGAGUUAAAGGCGCUCAUCGCCGACGCCCGCGAUGAGGCCCCAGUCACCCAGGAUAAUGACCCAGAUGCUAUACAAGUCAACGGACAGCCAAGCUCAAAAGACCAAUCAGACAUCAUAAUACAACCUCAGAUCGAGCAAGAACCAAAGAAAGAGCCGACUUACGUAACGAGGAAGUCAAACGACCAGCAGCAAGAGGCACAAGCCGCGGAGCCAACAGUGAAUCAAGAGCCCGCUUCGCCAUCACGAAAACGUCCGAGCCCGGGGGACGAACCAGAAUCAUCACCAAAACCUGUCAAGAAGGAAGCGAAGCAAUGUGGUGUCUGUCAAGCGCAGCCAGGGAAGUACAGGUGUCCGCGCUGCCCGCUUAUGUACUGCUCAGUAGCUUGCAACAAGUCCCACAAAGUAAACCACCCCCCUCCUUCCGAGGUACAACCCAAACCAUCCACCAACACCCAGCAGCAGCAGCAACAACAACAACCCCAACCCAUCGACACCGACCCCCUAGCCUUCCUCCUGCCCCACGCUCACCACAUCACCCGCCUUCUAUCCAAAUACCCUCACCUUGAGUCUCGCCUCAACCACAUCCUAUCUCAAACCCUCCCGCCCGUCAACAACCCCAACGGCCUUCCUGUCGACCCCAACACUGGCUUCGCCACCACCGCCUCCGGCCUCCCCGUUCGUGUAAACGUGCCCGGGUACGCCUCCUCUUCGGGGAAGUCCUAUUUCAAGAAAGACACGCAGCCCUGGUCUAGGGAAGUGGGAUUGCGUCGCGGGGCUGCGGCUUUGAGGAGCGCGAGGACGGAUCCGAGUGAGACGGGAGAUGGGAUCAGGGAGCUUUGUGAAACGGUGCUUUGGUUGUUGAAUGGUCAGGAAAGGGGGGAGUUGGCUAGGCCUAGUGGUAAUAGUAAUGGUGUUGGGACGAGUAGGAGGGAUGUGACGCAGCUGGUUAGAGAGAAAGUUGUCAAGGAGGAACAGGAGGUGGUGAAGAGGUUGUUGGAGGAGGAGAUUAAGGGGGAGGGUGGGGAUCGAUGAAUGGCAAACACCCUCAGAAAAGGAUAGCCAUGGAGAGAUGGAUGCUGAAGUUCCCUAGUGAGAGCGGAAGAUAUUCGAUGAUUAACGAACAAACGGAGGACUCACAUGGAGUGAGGGAGGUAGGGUGUCAAAGGGAUUGGGGCCGCUA